UGGGAGGUGGCGGAUCCGGUUUGUUCGGGGAGAGUCGGGAGCCGGGCGCGGAGCCGGGACCGUGGGCAGCCAGAGGGCGGCAUGGUGGGCGCGGAGAAGGAGCAGAGCUGGAUCCCCAAGAUCUUUAGGAAGAAAACGUGUACGACCUUCAUCGCGGACCUCGCAGACCCCGGAGGGACUCUGUGCCAGUGCGGCCGCCCCCGGAAAGCCCACCCAUCUGUGGCUGUGGAGGAUGCGUUCGGGGCAGCUGUGGUGACCGAGUGGGACAGUGAUGUGCACACCACCGAGAAGCCCACAGAUGCCUUCGGGGAACUGGAUUUCAUGGGCGCCGGCCGCAGGCCCAGCAAUUUCCUCCGACUCUCGGAUCGCACAGACCCAGCCACAAUUUACAAUCUGGUCACACGCACAUGGGGCUUUCGGGCACCCAACAUGGUGGUGUCAGUGCUGGGGGGCUCGUCGGGCCCCGUCCUUCAGACCUGGCUGCAGGACCUGCUGCGUCGUGGGCUGGUGCGGGCUGCCCAGAGCACAGGGGCCUGGAUAGUCACAGGCGGGCUGCACACAGGCAUUGGCCGGCACGUCGGCGUGGCUGUGAGGGACCACCAGAUGGCUAGCACCGGGGGCUCCAAGGUGGUAGCCAUGGGAGUGGCCCCCUGGGGCGUGGUCCGAAACAGAGACAACCUCACCAACCCGAAGGGCUCGUUCCCUGCGAAGUACCGGUGGCGUGGUGACCCUGAGGAUGGAGUUGAGUUCCCCCUGGACUACAACUACUCAGCCUUCUUCCUGGUGGAUGACGGCACCCAUGGCCGCAUGGGCGGCGAGGACCACUUCCGCCUGCGCUUUGAGUACUACGUGGCGCAGCAGAAGACAGGCCUGGGCGGGACUGGAAUCGACAUCCCUGUGCUCCUCCUCUUGAUUGAGGGCGACGAGAAGAUGUUGAAGCGGAUAGAGGAUGCCACCCAACUCCAGCUGCCCUGCCUGCUGGUGGCUGGCUCAGGGGGAGCUGCUGACUGCCUGGCGGAGACCCUGGAAGACACCAUGGCCCUGGGGAGUGGGGGGUCCAGGCGAGGAGAAGCCCAAGACCGGAUUAGACGUUUCUUCCCCAAAGGGGACCCUGAGGUCCUGCAGGCCCAGGUGGAGAGGAUCAUGACCCGGAAGGAACUGCUGACGGUGUAUUCGUCGGAGGACGGCUCCGAGGAGUUUGAGACCAUUGUCCUGAAGGCCCUGGUGAAUGCAUGCGGCAGCUCCGAGGCCUCAGAUUACCUGGAUGAGCUGCGUCUUGCUGUGGCCUGGAACCGUGUGGACAUCGCCCAGAGCGAACUCUUCCGGGGGGAUAUCCAGUGGCGGUCCUUCCACCUGGAGGCCUCACUCAUGGAUGCGCUGCUCAACGACCGGCCUGAAUUCGUGCGCCUGCUCAUCUCCCACGGCCUGAGUCUCGGCCACUUCCUCACCCCCACGCGCCUGGCCCAGUUGUACGGCGCCGCGUCCCCCAACUCGCUCAUCCGCAGCCUGCUGGACCAGGCAUCCCACGGCUCUGGCACCAAAUCUCAGCCCCUUAAAGGGAGCCCAGCCGACCUGCGGCCCCCCAACGUGAGGCAGGUGUUGAAGAUUCUGCUGGGAGAGACAUACGCCCCGAGGUGCGCCACAGGCAGCAGCCGGGGCUCCCAGCGAAGCCAAGGCUCACAACGUGAGAGUAUGUGUUUGAUCUCGGACUUGGACCCUUCGGACAGUGGCUCCGGCCACGCCCCCUGGAGUGACCUGCUCUAUUGGGCGCUGCUACUGAACAGAGCCCAGAUGGCCUUGUACUUCUGGGAGAUGGGCUCCAACUCGGUGGUCUCCGCCCUGGGCGCGUGCCUGCUGCUCCGGGUGAUGGCUCGCCAGGAGCCCGAAGCGGAGGAGGCGGCGCGCAGGAAAGAGCUGGCGGCCAAGUUUGAGGGGCUGGGCGUAGACCUCUUCGGGGAGUGUUACCGCAGCAGCGAGGACAGAGCGGCGCGCCUGCUGCUCCGCCGCUGCCCGCUCUGGGGUGAUGCCACCUGUCUGCAGCUGGCCACCCAGGCCGACGCCCGUGCCUUCUUCGCCCAGGACGGCGUGCAGUCUCUGCUGACCCAGAAGUGGUGGGGGGAGAUGGACAGCACCACACCCAUCUGGGCCCUGGUUCUCGCCUUCUUCUGCCCCCCACUCAUCUACACCAACCUCCUCACCUUCAGGAAAUCAGAAGAGGAGUCCCCACAGAAGGAACUAGAAUUAGACGUGGACAGGGACGUGAAUGGGGAAGGGCCAGUCCGGCCUGCCGAGCCUCCUGAGAAGACACCGCUGGGGGUCUCGCCGCAGCCAGGGGGCAGCCAGGACCACUGCCGGGGCAACACGUGGCGCCAGUGCUUGUGGCGCUGGUCGCACUUCUGGGGGGCGCCGGUGACAGCCUUCAUGGGCAACGUGGUCAGCUACCUGCUCUUCCUGCUGCUCUUCGCCCGCGUGCUGCUCGUGGACUUCCAGACGCCGCGGCCCGGCCUGCUCGAGCUGCUGCUCUACUUCUGGGCCUUCACGCUGCUCUGCGAGGAGCUGCGCCAGGGCCUGGGCGCCGGCUGGGGCAGCCUGGCCAGUGGCGGCCCCGGGCCCGGGGAGGCCCCGCUGCGCCAGCGGCUGCACCUCUACCUCAGCGAUGCCUGGAACCAGUGCGACCUCGUGGCCCUCACCUGCUUCCUGCUGGGCGUGGGCUGCCGGCUGACCUCGAGCCUCUAUGACCUGGGCCGCACGGUCCUGUGCCUGGACUUCAUGGUCUUCACGCUGCGGCUGCUGCACAUCUUCACCGUCAACAAGCAGCUGGGGCCCAAGAUCGUCAUCGUGAACAAGAUGAUGAAGGACGUGUUCUUCUUUCUCUUCUUCCUGUGUGUGUGGCUGGUUGCCUACGGGGUGGCCACGGAGGGGCUGCUGAGGCCCCAGGACCGCGAGCUCCCCAACAUCCUGCGCCGUGUCUUCUACCGGCCCUACCUGCAGAUCUUCGGGCAGAUUCCGCAGGAGGACAUGGAUGUGAUCUUCAUGGAGCAUGCCAACUGCUCGUCGGAGCAGGGCUUCUGGGCCUUCCCGCCGCGCCCGCAGGCCGGCCCCUGCGUCUCGGUCUACGCCAACUGGCUGGUGGUGCUGCUUCUCGUGGUCUUCCUGCUCGUGGCCAACAUCCUGCUGCUCAACCUGCUCAUCGCCAUGUUCAGCCACACCUUCGGCAAAGUGCAAGGCAAUAGCGACCUUUACUGGAAGGCACAGCGCUACAGCCUCAUCCGGGAAUUCCACUCGCGGCCGGCGCUGGCCCCGCCCCUCAUCAUCAUCUCCCACGUGCGCCUCCUCCUCAGAAGACUGCGCAAGCGCCACAGGGCCACCUCCACGCCCAUGGCGGUCGCAGAGCAUUUCCGGAUCCACAUGUCCAAGGAGGCUGAGCGGAGGCUGCUGACGUGGGAGUCGGUGCACAAGGAGAGCUUCCUGCUUGCGCGUGCGCGGGACAAGCGGGACAGCGACUCGGAGCGUCUGAAGCGCACAUCGCAGAAGGUGGACACGGCGUUGAAGAAGCUGGGUCAGAUCCGCGAGUACGAGAAACGCCUGAAAGGCCUGGAGCGAGAGGUGCGGCACUGCAGCCACAUGCUGGGCUGGGUGGCCGAGGCGCUGAGCCGCUCGGCGCUGCUGCCCCCCGGGGGGCCGCCGCCCCCGUCCCCGCCGGCACCCUCAGACUGAACCUGCUCGCCCGGCGAGGAGGAGCCCUACUGACCCUCCUCGACCU